AUGUUUUCACAUCUCUCCUUCAACUGUGUCCUGCUGCUGCUACUGCUUCUACCUACAAGGUCUUUGGAAGAUGCAUACGUAGUGGAGGUGGGUCGGAAUGCCUAUCUGCCCUGCUCCUACACUCCCAUCAGCCCAGGGCACCUCAUACCUGUCUGCUGGGGCAAGGAAGCCUGUCCUAUGCUUGGAUGUGGCACCAAAGUGCUCAGCAUUGAUGAAAGGAACGUGACCUAUCAGGCAUCCAGCAGAUACUGGCUAAAGGGGAAUUUCCACAAAGGAGAUGUGUCCCUGACCAUAGAGAAUGUGACUCUAGCAGACAGUGGGACCUAUUGCUGCCGGAUCGAGGUCCCAGGCCUAAUGAAUGACAUAAAAUUUGACCUGAAGUUGGUCAUCAAACCAGCUAAGGUUACCCCUGCUCCGACUCUGCAGAGACACGUGACUGUGGCCUUCCCAAGGAUGCCCACCACCAGCGGGGGACAUGACUCAGCAGAAACACAGACACUGGGGAUCCUCCAUGAUAAAAAUCAAACACAAAUAUCCACAUUGGCUAAUGAAUUACAAGACCCUGGAGCAUCCACCAGAAUAGCUGUCUACAUUGGAGCAGGGAUCUCCGCUGGGCUGGCUCUCACUUUUAUCUUUGGUGCUUUACUUUUCAAAUGGUAUUCUCAUAGAAAAGAAAAGUUACAGAAUUCAAGACUCAUCUCUUUUGCCAACCUCCCGCCGCCAUCAGGGCUAGAAAAUGCAGUAGCAGCGGGGAUGCGCUCGGAAGAAAACAUCUACACCAUCGAGGAGAACGUAUACGAAAUGGAGGAUCCCAAUGAGUAUUACUGCUCUAUUCAGCAGUGA